UUCUCAUCCAGAUGUACGGACGGUUCGCGAGGUCUCAAGAAGCGUACGAAGUCUUUGCUGGGAUCAAGCAGCCCAAUGUUUACUCGUGGAAUAUAAUGGAUGCCGGAGCGUGACACUGUCUCGUGGAAUGCGAUUCUUGCGGCAUAUGCGCAACAAGGGCUUCUUGGCGAGGCCGAGGAGAUCUUUCAAGCUAUUCCAAACCCUAACGGAGUGUCGUGGAACACACUUGUCAAUGCCUAUUGUCAAUUUGGAAACAUCGAGAGGGCUGCCGAGAUCUGGAGCGCAAUGCCAAACAAGAACACCGUGUCUACAUCCGCAAUGGUUCUUGCGUAUGCCCAACUCGGGCAACUAAAUCUUGCGGAGAGAAUCUUUAAAUCACUGCCGCAAAAGGAUGUUUCGUGCUGGACAGCUCUACUGCUUGGUUACGCUCGUCACGGCCAGAUUUCUCUUUGCAAGAGGUUUUUUGAUCGAAUGGAAGAGCGUGAUAUAGUUUCCUGGACUGUGAUGCUUCAGGCAUAUGCCCAAUCUGGGCAUAUCGACGCUGCAAAGGAUAUCUUUUCCAGAAUGCCUGAGUGGAAUCUAAUCUCCUGGAAUGCAAUGCUUGCGGUAUAUGCCGAGAACGAGAGCCUGGAAUCCAUGCUUGCGUUCUUUGAAACCCUAAAAGAGCGAGACAUUGUGUCAUGGAGCACGGUGCUGGGAGCGUAUGCACAAAAUCGGCCCGGCAGGCUCCAUGACCUCCUAGAGACCGUACCAGAGCUCAACAUGGUGGCGACGACCACGGUGGUCCAUGGUUUUGGUCAGUACGGAGACGUGGCAAGCGCACGGCUAUGGUUUCAACGGAUGCCGGAGCUCAACCUGGUUGCGUGGAGUACCAUGGUACAGGUAUAUUCCCAGAAUGGCUAUGCUGACGAAGCGCGGGAGCUGUUUUCUAGGAUGCCAGAGUGGGACGUAAUUGCGUGGACGACGAUGCUGGCGACAAGUGCCGCGUUUGACACCCUCGAUGCCAUCAAGGCAAUUUUCUUUGACAAGAUGCCAGCUUGGAAUAUGGUGGCGUGGAACACGAUGCUCGUGGCGCUCGCCCAGAAGCGCCACGUGGAGGAGGCCCAAAGCCUGCUGGACAGGAUGCCGGACAGGGACGUGGUGUCGUACACCACCAUGGUGACGGCAUAUUCGCAGGAGAUGGACGUCCUGGGCGCAAAGCACGCGUUCGAUUCUAUGCCGGAGAGGAAUCUGGUAUCCUGGAACGCCAUGGUGGCCGCAUAUGCCCUGAAUGGCAAUGUGAUUGGCUGCCGGCGUUUGUUCGACGCGAUGCCGUCCAGGGACGUGGUGUCGUGGACGGCUGUGAUCACCGCGUUUGCUCAUUGUGGCGAGGGCGAGAAAGCCCUCGAUCUGUUCUUGGCGAUGGCGCUCGAGGGAUGCGAUCCAAAUGAGGUGACAUUCCGGAGCGUCUUGAGCGCCUGCGCCUACAUCGGCUCCGUGGAUCGCAGCAGGGAUUUCUUUCUUCUCGUGACAGGGGAUUUUGGGAUCGCGCCGGGCAGGGAUCACUUCGUCUACAUGAUCGAUAUCUUCGGCCGUGGCGGGCAGCUGGAGAAUGCCGAGGAAUUGCUGCGCGCGAUGCCGUUUGCGCCGGAUGCUCUGGUUUGUAGGGUCUUGCUGGCGUCUUGCCGAUCGCAUUACGAUUUGUGUCGGACAGGGCGGAUUGCGGAUCGAGCGCUGAGGCUAGAUCCUCGCACUGGAUCGACGUAUGUGCUGCUGGCAAAUCUGUCCAAGAGCGUUUUUAAAAUGGGAAUUGGCGGCAUAGUAACUUAGCAGUUCC